GAAGGCCUAUUGAGUUUUAACUCGGACUACAUGGUCUGGUAUAGGCGAAAGACAAAGAUGUUUGUUGACCCAGCAAAUGCAAAGACGGCUACAUUGGGUGAAGUUGCGGAGGCAUUACAAUACAUGGUGUCUCCUCAAGGGAGGAAUACAUGCACAUUUGAUGAUCUCGUGCCUUAUGUGGAAAAAAUUACAAUUUUAUCCGAAGAGCAAGAGAGAGUCACUGAGCCAGUGUCACAUGGUCCCGCAUCAGAGCGUCAAUUUCCUGCACAACAGUUUCACAUGCUUCAGUCAAGUAUUGAAACUCAGGGGAUAGACAGAAGAAGGGACACUGUUGAAGCGGAAGAAUAUUCCCAAAAAAUGGCGGAGCGUGGCCAUGGAAUGUAUUACACGCCACAAACAUUUGCUGAGUAUCCGACCCAGAUGUAUCAAUAUCCUUUUCAGGGUCAUCACACUGAUACUUCUGCAAGCCAGCAAUCGUUCGGUGGUGUUGCGGAAACACAAGCUCAUUUUUCAUGGCCCACAAUGACCCCUUCAUAG